AUGCGAGCCCCGGCGAUCUUGUCCCUACUGCUCGUAGCGGCCCGCAGCGUCUCUGCAGGUUACGAUGCUGGAUCCAACAGCAACGUUGCCGUCUACUGGGGACAGAAUUCUGCUGGGUUUAGCACCAAUGACCCGACGCUCCAGAAGCGGCUUUCCCACUAUUGUGAUAGUAAGUUCAAGAACAGUUGUAACCUUGCCAUUUGGACACUGUACCCCAAGUUUCCAAUCAUCAUCAUGGCGUUUAUCGUUGAGCUUGAUGCUGGGAGUGGAAUUCCGACACUGAACUUUGCGAAUGACCUCACAAACUGCACUACUGACGAGAAAGGCGUUCCAAUCUGUACCGAAAUAGGAAAGGAUAUCGGAACGUGCCAAAAGAACGGCAAAACGAUCCUUCUCUCAAUUGGCGGCGAUGCGGGCGCCAAGAUCGAUUUCCCAACCGCAGAAGCCGCAACCAAAAAUGCACAGUUAAUCUGGAGCAUGUUUGGCCCCACACCAGCAUCUGGCGAGAAGCCUUCGCGUCCGUUUGGGGAAGCUGUCAUCGACGGUUUCGAUUUGGAUAUAGAGACCAAGCCACAACACUACGCCGAAUGGGCGCACAAGAUGCGCGAGCUCAUGGGUCCAGCCAAGGACGGCAAAGGCUACCUGACCGCUGCACCACAAUGUCCCGUACCGUCCGGUAACCCCAUCGGGUCCAUCCUCAACGGCACUGAGUUCGAUAUGUUCUUCGUCCAAUUCUACAACAAUCCCUGUGGCCCACACAACGAAACGUACACUUUCUCCGACUGGAACACCUUCGCGCAAAACAAGACUAAGGUCUUCCUCGGCCUGCCAGCAGAUGUGGACGCGGCCCCGAGUGGUGGGUAUAUAAAGCCGGAGGAACUUGGGGAAGUCAUAAAGGAGACGAAGGAUAACGACAUGUUUGGCGGCGUGAUGCUCUGGGAUGCGAGUCAGGCUUGGACGAAUGAUAACUACCAUACGAAGGUCAAGCAGGCGCUGAAAUCGUCCUAGAGACGGACAUCUCUCCCUUCUCUUCUAUCAAGCAGUGCUAGCUUAGGGCACCGCGGGAUUUGGAUUGUACUAUCACUAUCUCCUAUUUCUUUUGUGGCAUGUAUCAUGGUCAGCUCUCUUCUAUCAGGCGGUGCUAGUCCCUGGGCAUUGCAGGAUUCAGAUUUGUACUAUCACUUUCACUUAUUUUAUUUUGUAGCAUGUAUCACACUCAUUUGUCUUCUC